AUGACUACCCUACCCUACGAGCAGCUUGGCCACAUGAAAGAAGUCGAGGUCGGUCCGUCCGACGCACCUGGAUCCUCGUACUACCUGCCGCACCACUGCGUCUUGCGGCCCAGCAGUUCAACAACGAAGUUGAGAGUCGUGUUUGACGGCUCAGCGAAAACGACGACGGGAGUGUCCAUUAACGACGCGCUGAAGGUUGGUCCAACGGUGCAGAACGACUUGCUGUCGAUCCUGUUGAACUUCCGCUGCUACCGGUACGUCUUCACAACCGACAUCCCGAAGAUGUUCCGCCAGAUUGAGCUGCACCCCGAAGACACGCCGUACCAGCGAAUACUGUGGCGCGACGACCGGUCGCAGCUGCUGAAGGUGUUUGAACUGAAGACGGUGACUUACGGCCUGGCCUCAUCACCGUUCCACGCGACGAUGGCGUUGAACCAGAUUGCAGAAGACGGCGUGAAGGAGUUCCCGUUGGCGUCUGCAGCGUUGAAGAAAUCGUUCUACGUGGACGACGGGCUCUGCGGAGCGCAGAGUGUGGAGGAUGCCCGAUUGCUGAGUCGGGAACUGCGCAAGCUGCUGAACACCGGCGGCUUCGACGCGCACAAAUGGUGCGCGAACGAUCCAGCCAUUCUGGAAGAUAUCCCGGAGGAGCUCUGGGGUACGACGUUCGACCUGAAGGACGCGGCUGCAAAGUCAGUCGUGAAGACGCUGGGUGUGGCGUGGAACGCGUCGCAGGACUGGUUCACCUUCAGCGUGCUGCCACCCGAAGAGGAGACGAAGCCGCUGACGCGACAGAAGAUCCUCAGCGAAAUUGCCAAAUUCUUCGAUCCACUUGGCCUGGCUGGUCCGGUGGUGACAACGGCGAAGCUGAUCUUGCGGAAGGUCGGCACUUUGAAGAACAUCGGCUGGCUGGAUCCCGUUCCGGAGAGCGUUGCCAACGAGUGGCGUCGAUUCCGGAAGCAGCUGCCAGCAUUGAACGACUUCCGGGUCUCCCGGUGGGUCUACGACGAAGGAGCCGAACGCGUGGAACUCCACGGUUAUUCCGACGCGUCGGACGAUGCGUACGGCGCAAGCGUGUACGCACGCAACAUCUACCCGGACGGCGAGGUCACGAUGCGGCUGAUCUGCAGCAAGUCCAAGCUCCUCCCGAAGAAGGUCAAGAACGUCCCGAAAGAAAUCAGCACGCCAAAGGGCGAGCUCGAAGUGGUGCUGAGCUGGAUUGCGAAGAAGCCCGACGACCUGGAACUGUUUAUGGCCAACAGAGUGAGGAAAAUCCAGCAGCUGACCAGUAAGUACCGGUGGGGAUACAUUCCGACGGAUGACAAUCCUGCCGACCUCAUUUCGAGAGGGGUGAUGCCCCAGAACCUGCUCCAACGGGUGAUUUGGAAGGACGGGCCGGUGUCGAUGAACAAUCGCACUAUUGAGGUAGUGCAGCCCCCUCUUCUCGACGGCGCGGACCUCCCGGGAUUGCGAUCCACGAAGUGUCUGGCGCUAGCGGGGCCGACUCAGCGAUUGCGGAUCUUCGACAAGCUUGGAGAUUUCCGCCGACUGCUUCGCAGCAUGAGCCUGGUGGUGCGGUUUGCGAACUACAUCAUCACAAGAAGAGAAGUCCUUGUGAAGGGAGAACCGUCGAGCGAAGAACGCGACGCGGCGUUGAAGCUGACCCUGCGGCUGAUCCAACGGGAAACGUUUCAGGCCGAGCUGCUGGCGUUGAAGGAAAACUACACGCACCGCCUGCGAGGACUGAACCCGUUUAUUGAUCCUGACGACGGCCUUCUGAGAGUUGGCGGUCGAAUCAAGCAAGCUUUCGUGCCGUACGACAGCCGGCACCAGAUCCUGAUGCCUGCCAAGCACCCGGUCACAGAAUCGUUCAUUCGCCACGAACACAAACAGAACCUCCACGUGGGCCAGAAGGGCCUGCUCGCGCUGAUUCGUCAGCGUUUUUGGCCGAUGAACGUGAAGACGACAAUCCGGAAGGUGAUUUAUAACUUUCGGGUCUACUAG